AUGCCACAGAGGUCUAAACUGGAAUGGAAGCUGAAUAUUCAUUGGCAAAUGGCCAUUGUUCCUAGAAAAACUAGAUUCAAAAUAAAACAGUACAAUGGGAAGUAUAAAGAUUGUUUGAGAAAAGACACAUCAAUAAAAAAGUGCCUAAAUUUAGCAGUAGCAACGAAAAAAUAUAACUUUCUCCCUUUAUUUAGCGAUGUAACUGAAGUCACACAAUGGAAACGUAGUAGGACCCAAUGGAGCCUUGGAAAAAUGUUUAGAUCAGCUGAAAAAGCUGUCUACCAGAUUCACAACAACGAAAUUUUUGAUCGUAUCCAAGGCGAAACAAUAAAAUUCAGUCAAAUAUGCUUUGCUGUAAAUAUUUAUUAUAAAAAAGCUUAA